ACCUUAACCAUGUAUUUUCAACAAUAUUGGAGAGAUAAAAGGCUUGCCUAUUCUGGGAUCCCUCUCAACCUCACGCUUGACAAUCGAGUGGCUGACCAGCUAUGGGUGCCUGACACAUAUUUCUUAAAUGACAAAAAGUCAUUUGUGCAUGGAGUGACAGUGAAAAACCGCAUGAUCCGCCUUCACCCUGAUGGGACGGUGCUGUACGGGCUCAGAAUCACCACAACCGCAGCAUGCAUGAUGGACUUGAGAAGAUACCCCUUGGAUGAGCAGAACUGCACGCUGGAAAUUGAAAGCUAUGGCUAUACCACAGAUGACAUUGAAUUUUACUGGCGUGGAGGUGAUAAGGCUGUCACUGGAGUGGAGAGGAUUGAGCUCCCUCAGUUCUCUAUUGUGGAGCAUCGUCUGGUCUCGAGGAAUGUCGUCUUUGCCACAGGUGCCUAUCCUCGGCUCUCAUUGAGCUUUCGGUUGAAGAGAAACAUUGGAUACUUCAUUCUCCAGACUUACAUGCCCUCCAUACUAAUUACGAUUCUCUCAUGGGUGUCCUUCUGGAUCAAUUAUGAUGCAUCUGCAGCUAGAGUUGCCCUUGGGAUCACUACCGUGCUGACAAUGACAACCAUCAACACACACCUCCGGGAGACAUUGCCCAAAAUCCCCUACGUCAAAGCCAUUGACAUGUACCUCAUGGGCUGCUUUGUCUUUGUGUUUCUGGCCCUUCUGGAGUAUGCCUUUGUCAACUACAUUUUCUUUGGAAGAGGCCCUCAAAGGCAGAAGAAGCUUGCAGAAAAGACAGCCAAGGCGAAGAAUGACCGUUCCAAGAGUGAAAGCAACCAGGUGGAUGCUCAUGGAAAUAUUCUAUUAACAUCACUGGUGGUUCACAAUGAAAUGAAUGAGGUCACAGGCAGUGUCGGUGAUGCCAGGAAUUCAGCAAGACCCUUUGACAACUCAGGAAUCCAGUACAGGAAACAGAGCAUGCCUAGGGAAGGGCAUGGGCGACACAUGGGGGACAGAAGCAUCCCGCACAAGAAGACCCAUCUACGGAGGAGGUCUUCACAGCUCAAAAUUAAAAUUCCUGAUCUAACCGAUGUGAAUGCCAUAGACAGAUGGUCCAGGAUCGUGUUUCCAUUCACUUUUUCUCUUUUCAACUUAGUUUACUGGCUGUACUAUGUUAACUGAGUGACUGUACUUGAUUUUUC